AUGCACAAUGCAUUCCGCGGAAUACAAUGGUCAACUCGAAAAGUGUUGCUCAUCUUCAUUAUUACCACGUUUUUAUUGGUGUUUGCGUUGAGAGUGAAAAAUGAUGGAUCGAUUGUGAAAGAAACUCACUAUCAAGCGGCUCAAGCUGUCGUCAAUCAGGCCAGCGAUUUCAUGUGGAAAAUCAGAAACUCGAUUCUUUCAUCGGGCACCGAUGGAAUGUUUGAGCCGAUGAACACAAAGAGAUUUCGAUUGGCUGAUGGAUCUUUAAAGAGUGAUGAGUUGUUUGUCUGGUACGCCUUCUACGAUUUGAGAGACCCAGAAGGACCAAGGAUUCGCAUUUUGAUAAAUGCUUUAUGUAAAGAUUUAAAGAAAGAAGAUGUGAUGAUCGAUUUGGGCGAUGGGGAUCCUCCGUUACCGUUGGCCUGGGCUGAAGUGCUUGGAACUGCUGGUUGUCCUGGUUCAAGUGGUUGUAUUGUACAAGAAAUGGAGCUUUCUUCAAUAGUCUAUCGAGGAAAAGUACCUGAAAAGAUAAACAUUUUGAGAAAGUCAAAAAGCGUUCAAGUGAAGCUGCAUCGAUUACCAACAAGUUAUAAGGACGACAUCAACACGUGCAUUGUGGCUCCAUUGUACUGGUUCAACGAUUGGCCGCGACUUUUCCUUUCACUCGAAUGGUGGAGAAGAAACAAAAGCAACAAGCUUUUGAUGCACAUUCACUCGAUGUCUCCAUCAGCCAAGAAAGUCAUUGAUUACUACAUUGAACAGGGAUUCCUCGAGAUUCGCCCCUUUCCAAUGAUGCCUUUCACGAAAGAAUUCGACCCGAACAAUCUCGUCUAUUAUGGCGCCGAGCAUUUGACAACGUUUUUCUGCUCGAUCUGGUCCGACACCAAGUACACAACGAUGAACGAUAUCGAUGAAAUGUUCUGGGUUAGAAACAAAAGCGAUUCUCUAUUGAAUAUCGCUAGACGAUUGAUGGAUCCUGUCAAACAUCCGGAUAUAGCCGCUCUUGGACUCGAAGCGAAUGCCCUUGCAUUUCCGGAUGGAAUCGCGCCAAAGCCGUGGAGUUUCAACAAGUUUCGACGGCUUGAAUUCGUUAAAAAGGCUCAUCCCUUUCAUUGGGGAGGCUUGAGCAAAUACAUCUACUUGACACAAUAUGCGAAACUGCCAUGGAUUCACGGAAUGCGCAUGUUUUACGCUGGGAAACGCUCGGAGUCGAUUCCCAAAGAGCAAGCCGUCAUGUUGCAUAUGCGAAACAGCUUCCUCAACACAAGUCAAGGCAACAAAGUCUUUCCCGAAUAUCAGAUGUUUGAGGAUGAGGCUCUUCCCGAAUUGGAUAGCAUUUUGGGCGAGAUCUUUGGCGAAGAGCUGCCCGACUACAAGACGCCAGAGACGAUGCCAAUUGUGGUCAACUGUACUGUUAGAUCGAUAAGCGAGAUCCCGGGUCAAGCAUGCAACAAGCCGACCGGUCGUGUCUGCUACGAGGCCGUGCAGGGAAUUGACGAAUGGCUUCUCGCGGUGCCCACAGAAGACAGCCAAUUUAUUGUUGUU